AUGGCUCGCCCCCACCACCUGACCCUCCUCUCCGUCUUCUCCAUGCUGCUCCUCACGGGCCUUGUGGCUGCUGAUCUGUCCGGAGGGAAUAAAGUCGGGAAGAUUGUGACCAUGACCGUCCAAUACCCGGCCGCGGGCUCGCCGCCGGGGGAGAAGACCACGAUCUCAGCGCACUACGUUGACGAGCACGGGGGCGGCGACCGCCGCUUCAACCUCGACUGUGACGAUGACGAACCCCUCGGUUUCGCCAUGAAGUACCUUAUCACGACCCUGGAGGGGAUACGAGAUGCGCGGGAGUCUCGAUCCGAGAACGCAAUGUGA